AUUCCUCCAUUCCACUUUCGUGUAGAACGACCUUUUCUUCAUUCACUUUUGUGUAGAAACGGCCAUUUCUCCAUUCCACUUCGUCGGGACUUGUUUUGAUUUGAUUUGAGAAAAUUUGCCUUUUUUUUACAAUACCUUGUAUGAAUCUUUUAAACAAUAACUUUAAUAAAAAAUAAAUUACAAACAAAACAAUAUAAAUUAGAUUCUGUAGAAGUAGUUCAAAGAGGAAACGAAACUGAAUCUUCUCUGCUGUGAAACGUAAAAGGUGACGAAAUACGAAAGUGAGUGUAACCAGAUAAAGAAGAAAAAAAUUGCAGAGUAUAUCAGCAUUCAUUCGUGUAAUCGUGUCGCAAAAAUUGUAGAUAAAAGUGCAUGUAAUUUCCACGUUUAGUUCUCGCGAGUCGAAACAAAAGGAUAUCACCAUUACAAAGUGCAAAGCUGAUUUUGCUGAAAGUUGUUUUUGUGUAUUGUAUCAAGUUUGGCACGGAAAUCAAUACAUAGCAUGAGCACAUCCACUGGAAGUACCUUGGGUGAGCCUGCUAUAAAUGUAACAACAACGGUAUCGCCAUCAGCCACAGCUGCCACUUCGCUAAAGCUACAUUUCAUGGAACAACCUGCUCCUCAACAAAUAUCCUCUGCUCCUAUGGACCCCUUGAGCCAUGUGGGUGACGGAAUAUUUUUGCAGACGAAAACCGCCCAGGGCUUAGCGGGAAUCUUUGUUUGGGUGGCACUGUUCAUUACAUGUCAACAGAUUUAUCAGCAUUUACGCUGGUAUACCAAUCCCCAAGAACAACGCUGGAUUGUGCGCAUAUUGUUUAUAGUUCCCAUAUAUGCAACAUAUUCUUGGAUAAGUCUGUUGUUUUUCAAUUCGGACAAUGUUUAUGUUUAUUUUUUCACUGUUCGAGACUGUUAUGAAGCGUUCGUCAUUUACAACUUUCUGUCGCUGUGUUACGAGUAUUUAGGAGGAGAAGGUAACAUCAUGUCAGAGAUUCGAGGAAAACCAAUUAAAACAUCAUGUUUGUAUGGAACAUGUUGUCUAAAAGGAAAAACCUACACCAUAGGGUUUCUGCGCUUCUGCAAGCAGGCGACCUUGCAGUUUUGCUUAGUCAAACCACUGGUGGCAUUUAUAAUAAUAUUUCUGCAAGUGUUUGGCCAUUAUCACGAUGGCGAUUGGAGUGCUGAUGGCGGUUACAUUUACAUCACUGUUAUUUACAAUAUAUCUGUUUCCCUCGCAUUGUACGGUCUUUACUUAUUCUACUUUGCUACUCGUGAUUUGCUUACACCAUUCGAGCCCGUUUUGAAAUUCUGCACUAUUAAAUCCGUCAUUUUCUUAUCGUUUUGGCAAGGCGUUGGUCUUGCUAUAUUGGAAAAGGCUAAAGUAAUAUCUCCCAUAGUAGACAAUGCUGGCACAGUUACGUCGGCUGGUACAGUAUCUGCAGGCUAUCAAAACUUUUUCAUUUGUAUCGAAAUGUUAUUCGCAGCCAUUGCUUUGCGAUAUGCUUUCCCAUAUCAGGUGUAUGCCCGUAGUUGCAUUGGCGAUGGGCAUGGCCGUUCAGUAACAAUGCAAUCAAUUUCCAGCAGUUUAAAGGAAACGAUGAAUCCUAAAGAUAUUAUGACCGAUGCUAUACACAAUUUCCAUCCACAAUAUCAACAGUACACACAAUAUAGUUCAGGUGGUAAAAACUCUCGAGGAAUUCGAGUUUCAUCCUAUGACCCGGACGAUUUGAAUCAAGGCAGUGUGAAUGUUAACGCCAACCAACAUCCUGUAGCCAACGUCGCAUCAAAAACUCUUGGAAACCAACGCAAGUUCAUGCCUGGAGGCCAACGUGUGGCAACAAUAAGCCAGAACUACAAUGAAAAAUCAAUGUUGUUAAGUAGCGAUGAUGAAUACCAGUAAGAGAUAUUUUCUAUUUUAAAGCUUAAAGUAUAUAUACAUAACUAUUUUAAUCGUAAAUCCACAUAGUCAAAUCUUGUUGUUAUAUGUACUGUACUUUUUUUAAGUAUUGUUUUAAAUUUUUAGUUUUAGUCUUCUAGAUUAAUACACGUAAGACAUCUGCAUAUGAAUAUUUAAGGCUUUGAAACUAAGUGAACCAUAUUUUUUAUGUAACCCAUGAUUUUUUUUUAAAUAAUUUAUUGAACAUUAUAGCUUUCUUAUAUUAAUUGCAAUCAGCAUUUUUAAUAAUGACGCCAAGGUGGGAAUGGGACAUAAAAAAAUUUCGUUUUUCUAAGAGAGUAUGCGACAUGUUGUACUAAGUGUAAGUUGUGACGCACAGCAUUACGACCAAAAAAUCGCAUUGCCCUUUUGGGAGUAAAAUAUGUCGAAAAUGCUGUUUGCGAUCUUCCAUAGGGCACCAAACAAAAACUAUUUCAAAAAUAAUUAACAAAAAUAUCUCUUUGCGCUUUCUUUCUUUAGUCUUAAAAUCAUUUUGAGAUUACCUGCAGGGUAUUCGUCCAGCAAAAGAUCAUUAAGUUAAAUGCUUCUAUUCAAAGAAUACCUUUUAAAAAGUUGGCAAACGAGAUUAGUGAAAUCGAAUAGGAUGCUUUACAACACCCAUAACUAGUGCGUACGGUGUAAAGCACUCGCCUGAGUUGGAAACGGGGCUCUUUAUUUUUAAGCAU